CUCUUUAUCUCGAACUGCAAGUCCAAGUUCUGCGGAUGAAGCUUUCAUGGAAUGUAUCGAAGCUAUCGAGGAGUUUGACGAUGGUGUUGUGAUCAUAUAUGAGUUACCAAACCGUGAUCACGAAGUUGCAUAUGCGGAAUUCACUUUACAAUUUAUGUCUGCUUUUGCCAAUCUACCAUUUAAAAACCGCAUUACUGCUAUUGGAGCAGCAAGUAUGUAUCCUUUAAUGCUUUUUGAUCAUUGCUAUAAGUUUUGUCGACAUGCAAGCCUUCAAGCAGAGGAAGCACAAGAAGGUUCCGGCCAGUUCAAACGCUCGAAUUUGGGACCAUCGAUAGAUGUAAUGCACCAUAUAAUGGCUGCUCAGCUCCGGGAAUGUGUACAGUGA